GCUAAUUUCAUCAAGCUUAUUUUUAUAUUCUUUGAGAUUCUCCUCAACAAACUCAAGCUCAUGAUGAAGCUCUUUCAUCCUCAACUCGGUCUUCUUGUGCCUCUUGGUGAUUGCAUGGAUGAACAUUCCUAUUCUUUGAAGUUCCUCAACAUUGAGUUCCUGUCGAUAUUCGAUCUCUCUGGCUUCCAUUAAUGGUUUCUUGUCUUCUUCAAAAUUUGCUUCUGACUCAAAAUUGAAUUUAUCAGAGCCUUUAGAGUCAGGACACAUUUGUAGACCUCCAUAUUCAUCUCUGAGAGUGGUUUCACGAACAACUCCAGGGAUUCCUGGCUCUGAUGGCCUGAUCAUAGUAAUUUUGGUUGCUUCGACCAAGUCUUUAUUUAACUCGUUUAAUGGGGUCAGGUGGUUAAGUGAACUAUCAUCAAUGCCUCCUUCUUGUGGAGAUUUGAAUAGUAAUACUUUGGUUCCAUCAUCAGCCAUUUUGUUAUGCUUCAAACAUAGCUUUAAGAAAGUAUCUUCGUUUCUAAAAUGCACUGAAGUCAGUAUGUAGUUAUUAUGAUACAAAUGGUUAGCUUUCUCAUAUUCUCUCAUGAACCUCCAACAUAAGAUUCAUGCUGAUAAUUUAUUAUUAGACCCAUACGGAAGCUUAUGAUUCUGUUCCAACAAAUCAGUGAACUUAUAAUAAUUCUCUCCUUCUCUCUUCGUCCAAUCUCUUCCUAUCUUCGCCAUUUC